ACCGGUUUUGCUGCAUCACGAUCCCCGCCUGCCCCUUCUCGCAGGCCCAUCCGCGCGGCGAUCAUGGCUUUCCGGCGUCCUGUGAUGCUGUCGUCGUCGACAGCAUCAGCGCCUUUCCUCUCCGUGGCGAGCAGAACCUCGCGACUGGCCGCUACUCUCCCUCGGUUCAGCAACACCACCAUCCGGGCCUCCUCCAGCUCGACCUCAGCCCUGGCCUACAAGGCACUGCAUCGCCGGUCUCCCCUCCCGCUGCCCGUCUCCGAUGCCUCCCCGCAAUGGGACGCCCCCACGGCCGUUUCGUCCAUCCUGUACGAAACGCCCACCACGCCCACCAACCCGCCCAAGCGCCACAUCCUGAACUGUCUGGUGCAGAACGAGCCCGGUGUGCUGUCCCGCGUGUCGGGCAUUCUCGCCGCCCGCGGCUUCAACAUCGACAGUCUGGUCGUCUGUAACACCGAGGUGGAGGAUUUGUCUCGCAUGACCAUCGUCUUGCAGGGUCAGGACGGUGUCGUCGAGCAGGCCCGUCGUCAGCUGGAUGAUCUGGUCCCCGUCUGGGCCGUCCUCGAUUACACCGAGUCCGCUCUCGUCCAGCGCGAGCUGCUCCUUGCCAAGGUCAGCAUCUUGGGCCCCGAGUUCUUCGAGGAGCUGCUUCAGCACCACCGUGAGAUUACCACCCCCGGUGAGCUCGCCGAUGGCCAGAAGGACAAGCCCGCCCAGGGUAAGGUUGCGAAGCCCGAAUACCACCCCCGCAACCUGCCCCAGAGUCAGGCCCUGAGACACAAGCACGAGCACCUCGACGCCAUUACGCGUUUGACUCAUCAGUUCGGCGGAAAGGUUUUGGAUAUCAGCACCAACAACUGCAUUGUGGAAGUCUCCGCCAAGCCCUCCCGUAUCGACUCCUUCAUGAAGCUGAUCGGUCCCUUCGGUGUCCUUGAGUCCACCCGUACCGGUCUGAUGGCCCUUCCCCGCUCUCCCCUCUUCGAGCCCAGCGAGGAAAUCGAGAAGGAUGCCGCGGACGUCGUCGACGCCAGCACCCUGCCCCCUGGUUAAAUUCCAGGAACUGUUCCCUGCCAUCAAAAAAGCCAACAAAUGUAUUCAAACUCUCUUGAAACUCUUAAAUUUUAAUCCUUGUAAAUUGGGCAAGCCUAUUGAGCUAGGCAUUUUUCGAAUUAAUAAAUGUGUUUUUUUCACACGUCUUUCUUAAUUCACUUGUUUCUGUUUUCGAUGUGAUAGGGAGGGUUUAGAGUAUUGGUGGAUGGGGAUAUGGAGGUGUUUUUGCCCUAAUAUAAUAAUAGACGGGCAAGUGUUGGCCGGUGGUUCGGCUUGAUAGAAUAGAUGGGAUGAUGCUCAUUCACCAGGACGGAACAAACAUAUGUGUGCUAUGCUGUGAACCCGGAGGAUCAUUU